AUGCCGCCGGGCAAAGCGCUGCAGCCGGUGCUGAAGAUGAAGGUGGACGAGCUGUUCCUGUGCUGGCUCAGCGAGGCGGGCACGCAGGCCAUGCUCCGGGAGUGUCUGCAGAGCAUCCGGGCUCCUGGCGGCGCCGGGGACGCCGGGACGCCCCCCGCGCCCCUGGCGGCGGCGGCGGCGCCCUGCCCGGCGGCCCCCGCGGCCGCCGCGCUGCCCCUGGGCGCCGCCUCCAGCCCCCGGGCCGGGCCGCACAGCCGAGGGGCUCGUCGAUCCGCCGCGGGGACCCGACUGGUGCAGGCGCGGAGGGAGGAGCCGCGGCCGCCGCCCGCCGGCCAGAACAUCCCCGCCUUCCACUUCCCCCGCGGCCGCCCGCCCCGCGCCCCCGACUGCGACGCCGUCAUCGCCGCCAUCGAGCGCGUCUUCGCCGAGUUCCCCCACGAGCGGGCCGGCCCGGCCGACAUGGGCCGCGUGGCCAAGGCCUGCGGCUGCCCGCUGUACUGGAAGGCCCCGCUCUUCUGCGCCGCCGGUGGGGAGCGCACCGGCUCCGUGUCCGUCCACAAGUUCGUGGCCAUGUGGCGGAAGAUCCUGCAGACCUGCCACGACGAGGCCACGCGGUUCGUGCACCUGCUCAUGAGCCCCGGGUGCAACUACCUGGUGCAGGAGGACUUCGUGCCCUUCCUGCAGGACGUGGUGAACACGCACCCGGGCCUGGCGUUCCUGAAGGCGGCGUCCGAGUUCCACUCGCGCUACAUCACCACCGUGAUCCAGCGCAUCUUCUACGCGGUGAACCGGUCCUGGUCCGGGCGGAUCACCUGCGCCGAGCUGCGGAGGAGCACCUUCCUGCAGAACGUGGCGCUGCUGGAGGAGGAGCCGGACAUCAACCAGCUGACGGAGUUCUUCUCGUACGAGCACUUCUACGUCAUCUACUGCAAGUUCUGGGAGCUGGACAGCGACCACGACCUGCUCAUCGGCCCACAGGACCUGGCCCGGCACAGUGACCACG